ACUGAGGGACAAAUGUCUGCAUGUCCAGUUAGGAGCAAUGAAGCUGAUAAUUGUACUUACACUUUUUAUCCAUAUAAGCACAGCACUACACAGGAUCCCCCUUGUAAAAGUCCAUUCAAUCCGGCACCAGCUUCGGCAAAAGAAUAAACUAGAGGAAUUUUGGUUAAAUCACCAACCUCAUGUCUUCGCUCAGAAGUAUAAGCAGUGCUUUUCCGAACAAGUUUCCUUGACAGUUUGGCCUACAUCAGAGUAUCUGUUUGAUUAUAUGAAUGCUCAGUAUUAUGGAACAAUCAGCAUUGGAACUCCCCCUCAAAACUUUAGUGUGGUCUUUGACACAGGGUCUUCCAAUUUGUGGGUCCCGUCCUCUUACUGUAUCAGUGAAGCAUGCACUGUACAUACAACUUUCAAGUCCUUCCUGUCUAAAUCCUAUGAACAUAAUGGAAGGACAUUUAGUAUUCACUAUGGCACUGGACAACUUGUUGCUAUGAUGGGAAAAGACACACUGCAGAUCAGCAAUAUGACCAUAGUGGGGCAGGACUUUGGCGAAUCAAUCAAUGAACCUGGAAAAACAUUUGUUUUGGCAAAGUUUGAUGGGGUGUUGGGCCUUGGAUAUCCUGCACUUGCUGCUGGAAAUGCAAAGCCGGUAUUUGACCGGAUGAUGGAGCUGCAGCAAGUGGACAAGUCAAUAUUUUCUUUUCAUUUAAAUAAAGAUGAUGAUUUUCAGUAUGGGGGAGAGCUGAUAUUGGGGGGAAUAGAUGACACCCUUUACAAAGGUCCAAUUCAUUGGAUUAACAUCACAAAAAAAGGUUACUGGCAAAUAAAGCUUGAAAACAUAAAAGUUAAUGGAAAAGUACAAUUUUGCCCUAAUGGUUGUGAGGCUAUUGUUGAUUCUGGAACCUCCCUCAUUACUGGGCCGAGUGUUGACGUAAAGAAGUUGCAGAAAAUAAUCGGAGGUACACCCAUGUUAUUUAAUGAGUACUCGGUAGGCUGCAAGGAUUGGUCUAGUCUUCCAAGCGUGACCUUCACCAUAGAACAGAGAGACUACACUAUAACUCCUGAGCAGUAUGUGAUUAAGGAGCAAACAGAAAAAUCUGUAAUGUGCCUGACUGGGUUUCAACCCAUGGAUUUCUCUACUAACUCUGGAACUCUCUGGAUCUUGGGAGAUAUUUUUAUGUCCAAGUUUUACAGUGUGUUUGACCGUGAGAAUGACAGAAUUGGACUAGCAAAAGCCAGGAAAAAAAAGCACACGCAGCAGGACACAAAAACAUUGGUAUCAACCCUUGUUUGAAUGUGCCGUCUACAUGUCCUCUGCAUCUUCUCAAAUAGAAAAGAAAGCAUUCUACAUUUCUGGAUUCCUUGAAUAACACUGUUUUAUGGAGAGGGGAAUCUUACUGUCAAUAUACACAAUUACCGACCACUUUAUUGGGUACACCUUGCUAGUACUGGGUUGGACCCUCCUUUGACUUCAGAAC